CUUUCACUCUGCCGCUCAUUCUAGUCAGGCCGGGUCUUAUGCGUUUGCGGCCCGCUCGUGGUCGCAAACGCGGCUGGCCCCAGCAGCAGGCGCACCAAGUCAUCUCGUGCAGAUCGAUCUUUCUGCGUAAAACCCGCCACCAGGUCAACGCUGGCUUCGUCACCCCUUACUCUAGCGCGAGGCUGUUGCUACCACAUCAAACAACGAUCUCCUAGGCAUCGACGCUCAGCCCGGAGCACCUUAUCCCUUUACAACGUCGACGCAGUCAGUGCAUGACCCCCUUCCUGCUGUAAACAUAAAACUGCUUUGGUGUUCCAAGUCUGAAAAUGUCGGGCUUGUUCGCGCGACUUGCAUCCGCUUCCCUUCUGACUCUUGCAUCGGCUGUCGGAAACAGCAACGAAGAUGCUCUGUAUAGUUUCGAUGAUGACUGGAACCCAGCCCUCGCACAGGGUGACGGCGGUGGUGAAGGAGAAGGAAAUGAGACCGACGAUGCAGCUUCGGUGUUUUCCUUCACUCCUACCCUUGUAGAUCGAUCUGGAGUUUUGCCGUACGGGCAAGCCGGACUCCUGGCCACCGUGACACGACCGUUGCCGAAUGACAAGCUCUUCGCCUCUUUCGUUGCCAAUUACGGCACCUAUACACCAAACGCAUCCUCCUUCGUUCGCGUCGGGUUUCCCGCGCAGGUCAAGAGAGGGCAGAACAAGAGUCUUCGCACGCGGUUGAGAAAGGGCAUCAUUGUUCAGUUCCCCCUGAGGAUCCUCACCGAAAUUGGAUAUCACGCCAAUCCCCGUAUACUGACCGACAUUACAGCACGUCGCCGUCUGCACCAAGCGAAUCGCAAUGUGCAGGGCAUCGGCACGGUCUGGUCCUUCGAGCUCAUCGAUCUCGUCGGGAUCCGUGAGCGGGAGUUGAUGGGCAUCGUUCUCGCCAGCCUGCUCAAAACGGAAGACGUCGAGAACCAGCAUCUGGUCUACCCACCCGAAAUGAUUGUGCGUGCGCCUUCCAAGCUGAUGCGUCAGGAUGGCAGCGCGCUCAUCGAGGUGCGCUGGGCGACGCUGCGCCUCUUGUCGCCGGCCAAGGUGCCCAACAAGGAGGGUCCUCAACUUUCCAACGACGGCUCAGGGAAACCAAACGCGGAUGGUAGCAGCAAUCCCGCUACUGGCAUCUCAUUUGGACCGACUACGGGGACGGACGAGCAGCUUCUCGCGCGUCUGUUCGAGCCGAGCGAAGAAGCAGAGCUUCUACUCGAUCGGGUGCUCGACCAUCUCGAGCGCAGGGGCGGUAUCUGGACGCAUGCUGGUCAUUUCACGGCGCAAAGCUACAAGAAUGUGGACCCCAGGAACCGGCCCGAGUUUACAGUGCAUGGGCUCUUUCCUUUGCCUCUGCUCCAGCGCAUGAAAAAGUACAGAUCGAACAAGAAUCAACCAAUGCCGUCGGAUCUGCAACUGCCACCCAACGACCGGAUCUCGCCCUUGAUCUUGCACACGAUUUCAGAGCGUCUCGGCACAGGAGCGCCAACAGGGCCAGUCUCAGCGGUAGGAAGCGCGCCGAUGCAACCGGAAACGAUGGGUACAGGCAACGAGGUUGACGUGCUGGAAGGCUUCACGGUGGGCGUCACGUACGAGCCGUACCGCCAGCCGAGGGGGACGUGGGGCAAUGAAGCUUUGGCCAUGUCUAGCAUAGUCAUUUGAUUGAUGUUAUUCCCUUGGAAGGUCCAUGUAUAAAGGCGAACUUUCGCUAUGGGCGAGGGGAUGGAUGGCAAUGGACACUUGGAUGGA